AUGAGCAGACCAGAGCAUCAGGCGCCGCCUGAGAUCUUCUACGACGAUGAUGAAGCUUCGAAGUAUACGGGAAACUCCCGUAUCAAGAACAUUCAGGCGAGCAUGACCCACCGAGCCAUCGAGCUUCUCAAUCUCCCAGACUGGAAAGCAGAUUCUGGAGCUCUCAUUCUGGACGUAGGGUGCGGUUCAGGUCUCUCGGGCGAGAUCUUGACAGAGUACGGCCACGAAUGGGUUGGCUUCGACAUCAGCCCUUCGAUGCUGGAGAUCGCUAUCGCAAGAGAUGUAGAGGGAGACCCUAUCCUAGCUGAUGGUGGGCAGGGUGUGCCUUUCAGGGCUGGAUCCUUUGAUGGAGCUAUCAGCAUCUCCGUCCUGCAAUGGCUAUGCAACGCCGACUCUACCUCCCACUCGCCCAUGGCACGUCUCCUCUCCUUUUUCACAACUCUUCACGCCUCCCUUUCCCGUGGCGCCCGAGCUGUCUUCCAAUUCUACCCCCAAGACGACGACCAAGUGAAGAUGAUCAUGACUUCCGCCACCAAGGCCGGCUUCGGUGGAGGAUUGGUAGUGGACUACCCAAAUUCGAAGAAGGCAAAGAAGUUCUAUCUGGUGCUUUGGAGUGGUGGAGUCAUGGUGAGACCGAGGGGGAUGGAGGAGUAUGGACAGGAGACGGCAGAGGGGCAGGAGCUUCCCCAGGGUCUCACGGCUGAGCAUGAGCAGGAUGGAGCUGCUGGAGGACGCUCGAGAGUCAAGUUUGAGAACAAGAGGGAAAGGGAUCUCAGCAAGUCCAAGAGCAAGAGAGCGAGGAAGGGCAAGGAUGGCUUUGGAAUGGAAAAGGGAAGCAAAGAGUGGGUGUUGCGGAAGAAGGAGCUGUAUAGAAAGAGGGGCAAAGAGGAUGUUCCGACCGACUCCAAGUUCACUGGUCGGAAGAGGAAGCCUCUCUUCUAGACAGACUCAGCAGCUACGACAAUGCAUGAUACCCUAUAUAGCAGCCAUCAUUGGUGUAUUUGAUAUUGAAAG